AUGUUAUUUGGAAAUAUUAUUUUCUUAAUUUCAAUUAUUUUUUGCUCUUUUCUCUUAUUCUGCUGUAAGGCGGAUAAGCCAAAAGACGAUGUGCCAGAUAAGAAGGUUAAAGCUUCAAAGGAGAGAGAGGCUACCGAGAAGCCAAAAGGCCCAAAAGUGACGGAUAAGGUCUUUUUUGAGAUAGAAAUUGGUGGUAAACCUGUUGGACGCAUUGAAAUUGGACUUUUUGGGAAGACUGUGCCCAAAACUGUUGAAAACUUUAUUGAAUUGUCUAAACGAAAGAAAGGGGAAGGAUUUACUGGAAGUAUUUUCCAUCGCGUUAUUAAGGACUUUAUGAUCCAGGGAGGCGAUUUCACUAGAGGAGAUGGAACUGGUGGAAGGUCUAUUUUUGGCGAAAAGUUUGCUGAUGAAAAUUUUAAAUUGAAGCAUUAUGGAGCUGGAUGGUUAAGCAUGGCAAAUUCUGGAAAGGAUACAAAUGGUUCUCAAUUUUUUAUUACCUGCAAAAAAACUUCAUGGCUUGAUGGAAAACAUGUUGUUUUUGGAAAGGUUGUUUCUGGUAUGGAUGUUGUUCGCCGUAUUGAAAGUACUCCAACUCUUUCUGGUGAUAGGCCAGAAAAGGAAGUUGUUAUUGCCUCCUGUGGACACAUUCCAGUGGAUAAAAUGUUUUCGGUAGAUAAAGAAGAUGCAAAGGAUGAAUUGUAAAAAAAGGAGAAAAUUAUUUUUUGACGGAGAAAUUUUUUGGGCAAUUUUUCUUUAGGGUCUUAUGUAUUUUAAGUCGGAAUAUUUCGACUUCCUUUAUUUCCUCUUGUUAAUUUAUAUUUAUUUUCCUUUUG